CUGGUAACCUAGUAACGCGUCGUCAGUUAGCCACGCCCUCGCCUCUUUUAGCCUAUCAGUUUGGAGGCGGCUGGAGAGGCGCUAUUCAUCUUUAACCCCUUCUUGCUCGGACGUUAGUUCCCAGCAGUACUGAUCAGUGCGGGGAACGGCCGCGGAGGUGCGGGAAGGGUUAAUAGGCACAGGGCGGCAGAUUCGUACUCCCAGGCCGGGCUGUGAGCUGUGGUCAGUGCGGACAGGACGUGGAGAGCCCAGCACCAUGGAACUGCCGGAGGAUCCUUCCCUGGAGCGAAACUUUAAGGGGCACAGAGACACCGUCACCAGCGUGGACUUCAACCCCAACAUGAAGCAGAUCGCCAGCGGCUCUAUGGACUCGUGUGUCAUGGUCUGGAACAUGAAGCCUCAGAUGAGGGCGUACCGCUUUGUGGGCCACAAGGAUGCUGUGAUGUCGGUGGAAUUCUCGCCCUCCGGGCAUCUUCUUGCUUCGGCCUCCAGGGAUAAGACCGUCCGUUUGUGGGUCCCCAGUGUGAAAGGAGAAUCGACUGUGUUUAAAGCGCACACGGGCACAGUGCGGAGCGUCAGCUUCUCCAGCGACGGGCAGUCCAUGGUCACCGCGUCCGACGACAAGACGGUCAAAGUGUGGACGGUUCACCGGCAGAAGUUCCUCUUCUCUCUGAAUCAGCACAUAAACUGGGUGCGGUGUGCCAAGUUUUCACCGGACGGACGGCUGAUAGUGUCCGCCAGCGACGACAAAACCAUCAAACUGUGGGACAAGACCAGCCGCGAGUGCACGCACUCCUUCUGUGAGCAUGGCGGGUUUGUGAACUUCGUGGACUUUCACCCCAGCGGGACCUGCGUGGCGGCUGCGGCCACGGACAACACAGUGAAAGUCUGGGACAUCCGGAUGAACAAACUUAUCCAACAUUACCAAGUGCACAGCGGGGCGGUGAACGCUCUGUCCUUCCACCCCUCGGGUAAUUAUCUGGUCACCUCCUCGAACGACUCCACCCUGAAGAUCCUGGACCUGCUGGAGGGGCGGCUGCUGUACACGCUGCACGGGCACCAGGGGGCAGCGACUAGUGUCCGCUUCUCCAGGGAAGGACAAUUCUUCGCUUCUGGAGGGUCCGACGAGCAAAUCAUGGUCUGGAAGACAAACUUUGAUUCCUCCACGUACAGCGACGUCUUAAGGCACAAGAAGCGGGAUGUGUUCACGAGCGGCGCAGACAAUGCAAGCAGUGCCCCGCUGCAGCCCCCGUACCCGGCACGCGAGGAGCUUAUAGCGAGCCCCGACCCACCCGGACCGCAGCCUGCCAACCGGCCAAAAUCCCAAGCCGAUGACUUCAAUAUGCGGAACAUCGCCAGCACGCUGGAGCACAUCGUUGGGCAGCUGGAUAUCCUGACUCAGACCGUAGGGAUUUUAGAGCAACGACUUUCCCUGACUGAAGACAAACUGAGAGAAUGUAUGGAAAGGCAGGAGAAGCGGCCCGGCGCCGCUACAUGACGAGGCCGGGACUGGUGGCGCCGCUGCUCAUGUACGAUAUUUGUGUGUGUUGGGUUUUUAUCUUUUUCUAUUGUAAAUAUUAACAAUUUUAUUAAUAAAAAAAGAAAUCGUUUUUUU